GGAACCAGCGAUCGAAGUUCUUAAGUUUAGUUGCGACAAGAAUAAGUUAAUGUAACUAUAUUUAACAUGCAUUUCGCAGAUGGUGGUUUAAUAAUCAAUUACACUGGGGCACUUUGUUACUGAACAUCUAUUUGACGAGUUCCAGUUGCCGAAGAUUUUCUAGAGAAAUCGUGCUGCAAUGCCAAAGCACUGAAUUAUGAUGUCCAGAAAAUCCCUUCUGACUAAGCCAUUGUCUCUGACUGGAUCCUGGUGUAAGAGAAGAUGGCUGCACAACACUGUAACCAGGCACACCACGUCGACACCAGAACGCAGAAAUGAAAUUCAGAUUCAGAUGCUUUCACAAAUGCUACAUGAUCAGAUCUUCAGGCGCUGUGACAAUUCUGUUGAAAACAAUCUGGGCUUGAUAAAAGAUCACCUAAAGAAACACGGUCUCUGGAACAAGGAAACCACCACGCUGAAUGAUGUUAACCUCGAGCUACCCAAACUUUUUGGCACAACCAUUGACGAUCAUUUCCGCCAUCUUGGAUUACAACAGGUUGCUGCUUACAAAGAACUUGCAGAGAGAUUGAUUCAUUGCGAUGUUCCACCUCUGCCUCCAGAGUGGUCUAAGACAAAAGGCUGGACUAAAUACCAUAAAGAUGGUAGUACUGAGGUGGUCAGUUUUCCUGAUGACGAAGCCUUGGUUUUUGAUAUUGAAUGUUUAGUUCCUGAGGGUGAUUUUCCUACCAUGGCAACAGCUGUGUCUGACAAAUUUUGGUACUCCUGGGUCAGUGAUUAUGUUGUGGAUGAUCGCUACAGGUGGUCAAAGCAACCAGAGUUAUCAGACCUUAUUCUGGAAACUAAAAGAGGUGCUACAACACCUCCAGGUGGGAAGUGGAAAAAGCGACUUAUUGUAGGCCACAAUGUUGGAUUUGAUCGAUCCUUUGUUAAGGAACAGUAUUACAUACAGGGAACAGACUUGAAAUUCCUGGAUACAAUGUCCAUGCACAUUGCCAUAUGUGGUCUGACGACAUUUCAACGAAUGCUGUACAUGGCCAGCUCCAACGACAGCAAGAGGAAGGAAGUCCGGGAGUAUAAAGAAAAACAGAAAUGGCACAGUGAAUCGAGUGAUAACUGGAAGUAUGUGAGCACCAUGAACAAUCUGAAUGAUGUAUAUCAGCUGCACUGUGGUGCGGAACCACUGGACAAGUCAACCAGAGAGGUCUUCAUGGAGGGAACCAUGGCUGAUGUCAGGGAACAGUUCCAGCAUCUGAUGACAUACUGUGCCAAAGAUGUUAUAGCGACUCGUGCUGUUUUACAGAAGCUUUGGCCAGAAUAUUUAGAUAGGUUUCCCCAUCCUGUAACUCUUGCUGGAAUGCUGGAGAUGGGCUCGGCUUACUUGCCAGUCAACACAAACUGGCAGCGUUACAUCCAGCAGUCUAAUACGAUGUAUGACGGACUUCAGCACGAACUGAAGAACCAACUCAUUUCACUGGCUAACGAUGCAUGUGAACUGCUGGAAGGAGGCUUAUACAAAGAUGAUCCGUGGCUGUGGAGCUUGGACUGGUCAUCUGUUGAUUAUCGUCUUAAGAAAGCCGUUAAGAAAUCUGUCAAACGGAAGUCACAGGACACACCAGAUAACAGUUCUCCAGAUCUUACGGAGGACAACCAGUUGAUGACAGCAAAGGAUUGUGUCAUAGAGAGCAGAGAGAACCAAGAAGAAGCAGAAGAGCUAUAUGAAAAGAUUGUUGAUUCGGCUUCGAGAAUUCCCAAACACGAAACAUUCAAAGCAGGUUACCCCAAUUGGUAUCGAGACCUGUGUCCACGAUAUGGAGUAGAAGACUGGUACCCCGGUCCAGCAUUAAUCAGCACCCAGGUUCGGGUGACUCCAAAGCUGCUUAGGUUAACAUGGAAUGGAUACCCGGUGCAUUACAACGACACACAUGGGUGGGGCUAUCUUGUCCCUGAUUACAGCAGCAGUGAUCUGGUUGAUGACCAAGAUGAAGACUCAGAAAUGAUGUCUAGUGCAUUUCCUCGGAGAUCACUGGAGGAGUUUCUGGUAGCAACUCAACCUCAUUAUUACGAAGAAGAUACUUCUUCAACCAGCAUUAGCCCAGGCGAUCCACUGGGACGAGACUUUGACCGUGAGGCCAUGGAUACAGCAGAGAAGAGCAAACAUUGGAAAGCCACUAACAUCAAGAGGAGGCAACUCCAUCCAAAGGUUCUUCAUUAUCUGAAAACUGUUGGUGGUGGACCACAUAAUAUUGGCAUCCCAGGUGUCCACUUUUAUCGAAUCCCUCACAAGAAUGGGUUUUCAAACCGUGUUGGCAACCCACUUGCCAAAGACUACCUGCAUCACGUAGAAGAUGGAACACUGAGAGCUGCCACAGGGGCCAGUGCGAACAGAGUUCUGCUUCUCGGAAAGAUGUGCUCGUACUGGCGGAACAACCAGCAAAGAAUUGAGGGACAAAUGUCGGUGUGGCUGAAGAAAAGCGAAUUGCACAGAUCUAUUACAAGCCAUGAAGAUUAUAUUGAGGAUAUUCUCUAUGGAGCUAUUGUACCGAGAAUUGUGUCAGCUGGGACAAUCACAAGAAGAGCUGUAGAACGAACAUGGCUGACUGCCAGCAAUGCCUAUGCUGACAGAAUUGGCAGUGAGUUGAAGGCGAUGAUUCAAGUUCCACCAGGAUAUCAUUUUGUUGGUGCAGAUGUGGACUCCCAGGAAAUGUGGAUAGCUUCUAUCAUAGGAGAUGCAACCUUCCAGAAAAUUCAUGGAUGUACAGCUCUUGGGUGGAUGACGCUGCAGGGAAACAAGGCAGACAAGACUGAUCUGCACAGCAAGACUGCAGAAACUGUCGGCAUCAGCAGAGACCAUGCCAAGGUAAUGAAUUAUGGGAGAAUUUAUGGCGCAGGACAAAAGUAUGCUGAGAAACUGUUGAUGCAAUUUAAUCCUAAACUUUCGGUGGAGGAAGCGAGCAAAAAGGCCAAGAAAAUGUACUCUGCUACUAAAGGCAAAAGGAGUAACAUUGGAGAAUGGGUUGGUGGAAGUGAAAGCCACAUGUUCAAUGGGCUAGAAGCAAUAGCCAAGUCUGAUGAACCUUCAACCCCUGUUCUAGGCUGUCGGAUCAGUAAGGCUCUGGAACCAGAGUAUGUUCUCAAUGAUUUCAUCACCAGCCGAGUGAACUGGGUUGUGCAGAGUUCAGCGGUGGACUACCUUCACCUGAUGCUGGUCUCUAUGCGGUGGCUGUUGGAGGAGUUUGGAAUCCGGGGACGAUUCUGUAUCAGUAUCCAUGAUGAGGUGCGAUACAUCGUACGCAGUGAGGAUCGCUACAGAGCCGCCCUAGCUCUCCAGAUUACAAACCUGCUGACCAGAAGCAUGUUCGCAUAUAAGCUUGGAAUGAAUGAUCUGCCACAGUCUAUUGCGUUCUUCAGCAGUGUUGACAUUGACACCUGCUUGCGGAAAGAGGUAAACCUCGACUGUCAAACUCCGUCCAAUCCCCACGGUUUACAGAGAGGGUACAGUAUCCCUCAAGGUGAAUCUCUUGAUGUUUAUCAAAUCAUGAAGAUAACUGGGGGAUCUCUGGAUGCAAAGAGAGCCUGUCAGAAUCGCACCAAAGUCCAUGAAGAAAAAACCCCGGCUAAUGUCCAAGUUUGAAGAAGUAAUCUGUGAAACACAGUGCACAGGCACCAUAAAUCAAAAAUGUUCUCCCAAUUUGAAAGAAAGAAAAAAUCCAAAGAUUCCCUUUGUUAUAUCUGAGGUAUGGUACAUAUUCCCCAAUUGAACCGUUUUUUUCAUAACAUCUCAUUGCAUGGUGACUUUAAUAGAGUUUUAAAAAUAAUGGCACAUCGGAUAAGUGUAAUGUUAUAACAUUUUGUUUUUGAUGGAACUAGAACAGUGCCUUUUAUGGGUUUUUUCCCGUAUGCAGCUAAGUUCAUAUUAUAAUUUCUGCUAUAUACUCUUUUUCUAUUAUAUUAAAAAUAUGUUGUCAGUUUUGAGAGAUUGGUGUUUUUUCUACACAUAGGGGGAUAUGUACCAUUAAUUAGUGAUGUGAUUAGUAAGUGUUAUUGUGGUGUUAAUUUUAAAACAAAUUUCAAACAAAUGUCACAUUAGGUUUAUGUGUUCAUGCAUUUUUUUGUUUUGUUUUGGGGGUUUUUUCAUUAAAAAAAUUUCAAUUUUGUCCUGGUUUCAAUAUAUAUUUUUAAUUGGAGUCAAAAAUUAAGUUUUGAGGUUUAAUUUAAAUCAUGUUUAUACAGACGUUUGUGUGAGCAUUUUGUACUUUUAUUGUAUUUUCUAUCACAUUUGUUACUCAGUAAGUGUAGUUAAAUAAAUCCAAAGCUUGCAGUUGGCAACUUAAUAAACAUCUGAAAUGUUA